AUGACAGUAGCCACUCAACCUAAUCGCUCCAUCGUCGUCAUCGGCGGCGGCAUCAUCGGAUCUAGCAUAGCCUACUACCUUUCCCGGUCCGCAACUCGAGCAGCUGCGAAGAUCACCCUUGUCGAAGCUUCCGCCGCACCAGCUCCUGCAGCCUCAGGAAAAGCAGGCGGUUUCCUCGCACUCGACUGGCACGGUGCUGCUACAGCAAGUUUAGCUGAACUUAGCUUCAAGCUGCAUCGCCAACUCGCAGAUCAGGAUGGCGGACAUGAAAAGUGGGGCUUCCGACAAGUAGAGACAUGGCAAGUCAACGUCGACUCUAACCUCAAGGAUGAGCCUAGCAUCAAGUCUAAACCCGCGAUCAGCUGGCUCGACAACGACAUCGUUCGCUCCACCUCCAACAUGGGCGGCGGAGGUACCACGGCCCAAGUUCAUCCCGGUCAAUUGACACAACACCUUGUCGACGAAUCUCGCAAAGCCGGUGUCGAGGUUCUGUUUAACUCCCGCGCCUCAAGCUUGCGGUUCCUGAAUGAUCGCAAUGCCAAUGGCAUCGAAGUCAAAGAUACAAAGUCGGGCGAGACAAAGAUGCUCGAUGUCGAUGAUCUUGUCAUUGCCGCAGGACCGUGGACAGGAUCGCUCAUCACUCAGUUGUUCCCGCGCAGCCUGCUACCCGCACACCUUAAGUCGGCAUCAUCCAUCGAUGGUUCUCGAGCUCAUAGCAUAGUCAUCGAAUCUCCCCGCGGCAAGCCCUUGUCAGCUGACUGCCUAUUUACCGACAUGGCGUAUGGCCCAGGUGGUUGCAAAGCAGGCGCUCCCGAGCUUUACUGCCGCCCCGACGGCACAGCAUAUGUUUGCGGCGGCUCCGACGAUGUUCCUCUCCCUGACACAGCAGACGAAGUGAGCUUUGACGAGAAAAAGGUUGCAGCAUUGAUUGAGCAGAGCAAAGUUCUGUCACCCUCUUCGCUCGACGUAGAAUCGGGAGCUACUCUGCGUGCCAAGCAAGCAUGCUAUCUCCCGAUCAGCAACAGGACAGGCAAUCCGAUCAUCGGAGGCAAGGAGGGAGUCUACGUUGCCGCAGGACAUUCUUGCUGGGGCAUUACCAACUCGCUGGGGACCGGCAAAGUCCUGUCCGAGCUCAUCCUUGACGCCAAGGUGCAGAGCGCCAACAUUCGCGGAUUGAUGCCUUGA